UUUUCAUUCGUUAUUUGAUGUUUUGAUGAUAAUUUUGAUAUUUAGCUUUAAUAAUUUAAUUAAUAAAUAAGUUUAAUAAGAAAUCGAAUAGAUUUUUUAUUUUUUACAGCAUAUAUUGAGCUUUUGAAUUCAUAAUAUGGAUUCUGAUCUUUAUGAUGAGUUUGGUAAUUACAUUGGACCAGAAUUGGAAUCUGAUGAAGAGGAAGAAGAACAGCCGCCGUCUCCUGAGCCAGAACCUCAGGACAUUGAUAUGAUUGAGGAGAGUGAAGAUGGACCAGAAGAACCGGGUAUGAGCGUUGUUUUACAUGAAGAUAAACGUUACUAUCCUAGUGCUGUUGAAGUGUAUGGUCCUGACGUGGAAACAUUAGUUCAAGAAGAAGAUGAAUUACCAUUGACAGUGCCAUUGGUUGCUCCUGUUAAACAGCAUAAUUUCCAAAUCAAAGAACAACAUUUGCCCAACACAACAUAUAAUAUGGAGUAUUUGGCAGAUUUAAUGGAUGUUGCAGGCUUAGUGCGAAAUGUUGCAUUGGUUGGACAUCUUCACCACGGCAAGACCAGCUUAGUAGAUUGUUUAGUUCGUCAAACCCAUCCAGACUUGGGACAAUUAAAUUUAGAUUCAGCAGAUGCUGAUUUGAUGCGCUACACAGAUACUUUAAUGACUGAACGUCAAAGAGGUGUUAGUAUUAAAGCAACUCCUGUAACAUUAGUUUUACCUGAUGUUAAUUCUAAAUCAUACUUAAUGAACAUUUUUGAUACACCUGGUCAUGUUAAUUUUUCUGAUGAAGUAACAGCUGCCCUUAGAAUUUGUGAUGGAGCUGUAAUAUUUGUUGAUGCUGCAGAGGGUGUUAUGUUAAAUACAGAACGUCUGAUAAAACAUGCUAUACAAGAGAAAAUUGCAAUUACUAUUUGUGUGAAUAAAAUUGACAGACUUAUGUUGGAGCUUAAACUUCCUCCUCAAGAUGCAUAUUACAAAAUUAAACAUAUAAUUGAUGAAGUAAAUUCCCUGUUAAGUUUACAUUCGCAGAAUGAUCCAUCGCGCAUUGUUUCACCAGUUAUAGGAAAUGUUUGUUUUGCAUCAGCUCAAUAUGCUGUUUGUUUCACAUUAAAGUCAUUUGCUAAACUUUAUGCAAAUCAUUAUCCUAAUGUUAAGGUUGACAGUUUUUCAAAAGUUUUAUGGGGUGAUGUUUACUUUAAUCCGAAAACUAGAAAAUUCUCCAAAAAAUCUCCUCAUAACAGCGCACAAAGAAGUUUUGUUGAGUUCAUAUUAGAACCAUUAUAUAAAUUAUUUGCUCAAGUAAUUGGUGAUGUAGACACGACUCUCCCUGAUGUUUUGGAUGAACUUGGAAUUAAACUAACAAAACGUGAAAUGAAUAUUAAUAUACGACCACUAUUACGCCUCGUUUGUGGACGCUUCUUAAAUGAUCUCAGUGGUUUUGUGGACAUGUGUGUUAAUCAUAUACCUUCACCAGCGGAAAAUGCAAAAAAUAAAAUAGAUACAAUUUAUACUGGUCCUCAAGACACUGAACUAGCUAAGGACAUGCUUGAUUGCAAUCCAGAUGGUCGUUUAAUGGUGCAUAGUACUAAAAUGUAUCCUACUGAUGAUUGUACCUUCUUCCAAGUAUUAGCUCGAGUAAUGAGUGGGACACUGCAUGCUGGACAAGAAGUAAAAGUUUUAGGUGAAAACUAUUCUUUGGUUGAUGAAGAAGAUUCUAGAGUAAUGACAGUUGGAAGAUUAUGGGUACAUGAAGCUAGAUAUAAAGUUGAAGUAAAUAGAGUACCAGCUGGCAAUUGGGUUCUAAUUGAAGGCAUUGACCAACCAAUUGUUAAAACUGCAACAAUAACAGAUUUAAUAACAACUGACGAUUUAUAUAUAUUCAGACCAUUAAAAUUCAACACUCAGUCUGUUAUAAAGAUUGCAGUUGAACCUGUAAAUCCAUCUGAACUACCCAAAAUGUUGGAUGGUUUGAGAAAAGUCAAUAAGUCUUAUCCUCUACUUAUUACUCGUGUUGAAGAAUCUGGCGAACACGUUAUACUUGGCACUGGUGAAUUGUACUUAGAUUGUGUAAUGCACGAUUUAAGAAAGAUGUAUUCAGAAAUUGAUAUAAAAGUGGCAGAUCCAGUUGUUGCUUUUUGUGAAACUGUUGUUGAUACAUCAUCUUUAAAAUGUUUUGCUGAAACUCCAAACAAACGCAAUAAGAUAACAAUGAUUGCAGAACCAUUAGAAAAAGGCCUUGCUGAAGAUAUUGAAAACCAAGUGGUUGACAUUGCAUGGGACAAGAAAAAAAUUGGUGAAUUUUUCCAAUCUAAAUAUGAUUGGGAUUUACUUGCAGCUCGUUCCAUAUGGGCAUUUGGUCCCGAUACUACUGGCCCUAAUAUUCUUGUAGAUGAUACUCUACCAUCUGAAGUUGACAAAAAUAUUCUUAGAUCUAUUAAGGAUUCUAUUGUUCAAGGUUUUCAAUGGGGUACUAGAGAGGGACCAUUAUGUGAAGAACCAAUUCGUAAUGUUAAAUUUAAAAUAUUAGAUGCAGUUAUUGCCCCUGAACCAUUACAUAGAGGAGGAGGACAAAUUAUUCCAACUGCUCGUAGAGUAGCUUACUCAGCAUUUCUUAUGGCAACACCUCGGUUGAUGGAACCAUAUCUGUAUGUUGAAGUCCAAGCUCCAGCAGAUUGUGUUUCUGCUGUAUAUACUGUAUUGGCUAAGAGAAGAGGACACGUAACACAAGAUGCUCCUGUUCCAGGAUCACCACUUUAUACCAUCAAAGCUUUUAUUCCUGCGAUUGAUUCAUUUGGUUUUGAAACUGAUUUACGUACUCAUACUCAAGGUCAAGCUUUUUGUUUGUCUGUAUUCCAUCAUUGGCAGAUUGUCCCCGGUGAUCCACUUGAUAAAAGUAUAGUUAUCAAACCUUUGGAACCACAACCCGCUACACAUCUGGCUCGAGAAUUUAUGGUAAAAACUCGGAGGAGAAAAGGCUUAAGUGAGGAUGUUUCCAUAAAUAAAUUCUUUGACGAUCCUAUGUUAUUAGAAUUAGCCAGACAAGAUGUAUCUCUUAAUUACCCUAUGUAAUAAGUUUUAGUUUUGAUAAAAUUAUACAUUUUCUUUACUGUUUGUAUUAAUAUAUGUAAAAUAAAAAUAAUUAAAGCAUUA